AUGUCGUCCGUCAUGUCGCGAAAAGCCGGUCGCGGCGAACCGCCAAAGCCCAAGUUCGCGCGACCGAAUCCUGUCAGAGCUAUGCGCGAGCGCGAAGAGCGUCGUCAGGCUGCCGCAGCCGCCGCCCAGCAGGGCCAAUCCUCGGCCGCCGACAACAAGCAGGGUACCGUCGCUCCCCCGGCCCGCCAGCAGUGUCCUAACAAGGCCUGCCCCAAGCCCAAUGUCGUCGACGGCACAUGCCAGACCUGUGGUCGUGUCGCUGAUGACAGCAAUAUUGUCGCCGAGGUCCAGUUCGGCGAGACUUCCUCGGGUGCUGCCAUGGUCCAGGGUUCCUACAUUGGUGCCGAUCAGGCGGGUGUCCGUAGUAUGGGUCCCGCCUUUCGACGAGUUGGUGGCUCUGAGGACAGAGAAAAAAGUAUCAGAGAAGCGCGUGGCCUGAUGCAGGGUUAUGCCCAGCAGCUCAACGUUUCGGAUAGUCUCGUCGCUGCCGGGACGCAGGUUUUCAAGCUCGCUUCCGGUGCCAACUUCAUCCAGGGCCGCACCCUUGCCAGUGUGGCUGCCGUCUGCCUAUAUGCAGCCUGUCGAGCUGAACCUCCGUGCAAAGUCAUGCUCAUCGAUUUGGCCGAUUUGGUUCAGCUCAACGUCUUCAAGCUCGGCAGAAUCUUCAAGAAGCUCAACGAAGUCGUGCCAAUAGGCAACGAUGGCCUUAUUCCGGUAUACCCCGAGGACCUUAUCUGGAGAUUUGCGACCAAGAUGGAAUUCCGCCAAGAGACGGCCAAAGUCGCCGAAGACGCUGUUCGCCUUGUCAAACGCAUGAGUCGAGAUUGGUUGGUCAUGGGACGACGCCCCUCAGGCAUCUGCGGCGCCUGCCUGCUCAUGGCCGCGCGUAUGCACAACUUUCGCCGCACUGUCCGUGAAGUCGUGUACAUUGUCAAAGUUACAAACCACACCAUUCAAAAUCGAUUACAGGAAUUCAACCAUACAGAGUCGAGUCAAAUGUCGGUAGAAGACUUUCUCAAGCAGGAUUUCCUAGAGAGUUCACACGAUCCACCCUCCUUCUACCGCAAGUCGGACGAAUACAGAGCACAGCAAGAAGAAAAGGCGCGAAAACGAAAGCGAAAUGAACAAACAAACCAAGAUGAAGAUGAGCCCGCUCUGCCACCACCUGGACCCGUUGUCAGGACACGACGAGGCACAGAUGCUGGUGCCGAUCUUUCCAGCGCGCCUCAGCUAAAAUUUCGACGCGAUGCUGACGGAUUCAUUAUUCCACCGCAUCCUUCCCAGAUUCCCAAAGACAUGCCUUCGGUGCCCAUUCAAGAAGAAGCAACCGAAGGAGACGAGGAUUUACAGAAAUUAGCCUCGGAAUUCGGCGACGCUCUCGACGAGGAAAUGGGGGCAGAAGAAGGUGCCGCAUCUGGCAAGGGAAAGAAGAAAAAGGCACAGCUUCCCAUCAACGAAGAAUGGGAGCAGGACGAGGAAGAUCUCGAGGGCCAAAUCGAAGAAAUCUUCAACGACCCCCUGACCUACGAACACGCGCUCGCUUACUCGAAUGCCGAACAACGCGCGCGCAUUCACUCGUCAUGGGCUCUUCAACAACGUCCCCAAAAGGAAAUAUCCAUGUCUGUCGAGAUUGACGAAGAUGAAUUCGCCAACGAUCCCGAGGUGCGCAACUGCCUUCUCUCGCCCGAGGAAGCGCAAAUCAAGGAAAUGAUUUGGGUCAACCAGAAUAAAGAGUGGCUGCGUCAACACCAAGAAAAAGUGUUUCGCCGCAAAGUCGAAGCGGAGCGGCCCAAGCAAACGCGUCGGCGCAGGAAGCGCGCGCGCAUCGGCGAAGGCCAGACCAGUCCGGCGAGCUCAGCUGCCGAGGCCGCCGUUAGCGUCGCCAAGGAUCGGGCCUGGUCGAAGCGUAUCAAUUACGAUGCCAUUCGAAGCAUCUUUGACGUGCCGGAUGCUGGCGGGCUUGGAUCUGCUGCUACGAGUCGCAAGACCAGCCUGGCGGGUAGUACCCUCGGUGGCGACGACGACGAGGAGGCGCCGGAGGAUAGUGACGCGGGCGACGACGAUGGUCGAGAUGACGCGACUGGACACCAACAAGGCGAUUACGAGGGGUUUGCGGAAGAUGAUGACGAUCCUGAUUUGGAUGCAGAAUUCGGCUUGGAGGACGACUAA